GAAAAAAAACUGCAUAGGCUCCGCCUAGCUCACGUACGGAGGCUCGGAUGAGGAAGUAGCAGCAACGUCGAUUCAUUUUCAAGACGAGCAGCAUAAAAACAGCAGCCAUGAAGCUUCGCCUGCACUUUGUGGUGGAUCCUAUGGGCUGGUUGUGUAUCAGUGUUGUGUUUGGGAUCUGGUUCUACAACACUGUGUUCGUCCCCAAGUUGGUUCUGCUCCCACACUACGACGAAGGACAUAUUCCCUGGGUGUUAGUUGUUUGUUACUACAUAGCAUCAGCGCUUUGCUUGAUGGCGCUGGUCAGAGCUUCCACUGCAGAUCCCGGCCGGCUUCCCGUGGACCCGCACAUACCUCACUCCGAGCGUGAGCAGUGGGAACUGUGCAAUAAGUGCAACCUCAUGAGACCUAAAAGGUCGCAUCACUGCAGUCGCUGUGGUCAUUGUGUGCGCAGGAUGGACCAUCACUGCCCCUGGAUUAACAACUGUGUGGGAGAAGACAACCACUGGCUCUUCCUGCAGCUGUGCUUCUAUACUCAGGUCCUCAGUUUCUUCACUCUAGUGCUGGACUUCUGCCAGUACUACUAUUUCCAGCCGCUGACCAGACUCGACCAGGAAAAGUUUACCACUCGACAUGAGCUGGCUCUCCUCAGAGUCUCCGCCCUCAUGGGUGUGGUCAUGUUCGGUGGCAUGUCCAGCUUGUUUUACACUCAGAUGGCAGGCAUCCUCUCAGAUAUGACCACCAUUGAAAAAAUGUCUCACUUCUCCAAUGAAACAUUUGGUACAAAGCGGUCCUGGCAGUGGGCUCUGGCUGAAGUCUGUGGCACGCGCUGGAAGCUGCUGUGGCUCCUCCCACUUCGAAGCAGAAAGCCGCUCCACGUCAGCCACACGUCCCUCUUGUAGCUCUACGGUGUACAUCACCCACUCAGGUGGUGGCGGCGGCCAAACACUGCACAUGCUCUCCAUCUGCUCGCCUCCAGUGUUUAAUGCUGGUAUCAGUGGACAAUUACAGCUUCUCGCUAGGUUUUUAUUUUAUUUUAUUUUUUUGUUUAGACCAGCUGUAAUCAGGGUCUUUCAAACGGUUACUUUGAAUGUUUUUCCUCACUGUGACGCCUGAUCUCAGCAUUGAAACUCUUUCCAACGGCUGUUCGCUCCAGAAGAACAAACGUCUUCACCUGAAAGCAGCGUGUAGAAGAGAUCAUUCUCAGGUUACGAAGAGUCUACAGACUUUUACUCCCCACCUGACUGACGAGGGUUCUGAUUUUUUGUUUUUUUUUGAUUGUGCCUUUUUUCUCUCUUUUUUUUUGUAAAUUUAUUUAGCAUAUUUUGAACGUUUUUUAACUUGCAAUUGGUUUUACUUCAUUUUUCAAAGGAAAGAAGUAUUUUUAGGUUUGAGGAAACAGUAGGACGGCUGUGUGCUGUCCUUUUUUUCAAAUCAACUGAGCGUUUUUAGACUGUGGGACACAGAUUAGGAUUAUUACCUUUAUCAUAUAUCAAAUCAUGUCUUCAAAAACGAGUGUCAUCUGUCUGUUGUUGUUUGUUUACUCACAUUUGCUGCUCCAUCAAAGGCAGCAAACUAAUAUAUUUCCAUCAUUUCUAUCAACCGUAGCACUUAAGAUCACUAUAUCAUCAAUAUACAUCCUAUUUAUUUUUUAUCGGUGUCUCUAAGCUAUCAAAACUACGUUAUUGCCUGACUUUAUAACUCCACCUUUUUGUCCAAACACUGGCAAAGAUCACAUACUGAUUUACUUGAAAACGUAGAGUUUUACUGCUGUAUUUAAGGGAUUACUUAAGGUAGAGCUGAUAUUAAUUCAUCAUAUAAGUGUGCGGUUAUUGUCCACUUGUGGAACAUUGCAAUGUCCAAGUAGUUCUGAAGUGCCUGUCUGAGUCGCAGUGAAAGGGACGUCAUCUCACCGUUUUAGCCAAAGACCUGGGAAACGUUGCAAUAGUCAGGAACUUGUGCAUGUUGCAUCAAAUUUCUAAAGGUAGAGGUUCAAUAAUAUGCACUUAAGUUUUCUGUUUUACUGUGGUGUUUUUAUGUGAUUCUUCAGGUUCUGUUUGCAUGAAUGUCUUAAGGUUUGCUUUGUAUAUAUCACAGUUGAUUCUUGGAUGUAUAUGAGCUUUUUAUAUAGAUAUUUUGUUUUUUUUAGGGAUUUAAUGUGCAAGAUUGGUACGAAAAGGUGGGCAUUUACUUUAUUUAUGAGAAGCAAUAAACAUUGUGUGUCUGCAAAGCCAUCCUUGCUGUUGCAGCCACGUUCUGAACAGCCCCUAUAGCAUAAAACUUUAGUAGGAAAAUCAGUCACACCUGCCAGGAUUAUCACCUUCUCUGUGGGUGAAAGACGAGGUUUAUUGACAUCUGGAGGUGUGAGCAUUUCCGACAUUUCCUGUCACACCUGUAUCUUGGCAUCUGUCAACUCUCGCAGUUUGUUUUUUUUUUCUUUACAGGAAUGUGUUGUUUAGAUUUGUUGAAUUCUGACCUUAAAGACCUCUGACAUUUUUGUGAAGGUGCUUCACUAUUAUUUUUUUUUUUCAAAUGUCCACAAACCUUGUGAUAUGUCGCCUGUUUUAUUGUGUUGCAAAGUUUUGCAGGUACAAUAAAUAAAUAGGUAUUUAUGCUCAA